AAAAGCCAAAAUCCAAUUCUUGCAGCUCAGCAGCAGCAGUAGCACCACCGUAUCCAACCAUCGCCACCGCGAGAGUAUUGGCAAACACACUAGCUGCAAUAAUUAUCGGAGGAACAAGAUAAUUAAACCUAUCUUUCAUAUAAACGAAAUCCUGAGAAAGGGGCAAUGUCUAGUGCUUUUGGGUAUCAUUAUGCUGUCUCGUCCACCAACAGUCAUCCAUCGCCGCUGACACCAAAGCCAACAUCGAAGUCAAUACUCAGUAAAAUCCCGACCACCAGUACAACAACGGAUUGCCUAUCUUCCCAAUUGAAAUUGACUACCUUCCACGCGCCCUUCUCUCCCUUAUUAUCAACUUCCUCUCGUCGUUGUCGAUUGGUUUCGUCCACCGCAGCAGCAGCGAGGAAUAAUACAAACCCUAAAGAAUCAGAGAAGAAGGAGGAGGAUGAGCUGGAGGAAGUCGAGGAGGAUUUGCCAUGGAUACAAGAGAAAGCUCUGGACAUUGUCGAGUUUAGUGGCUCAGUAACACAGGCACUUCCUGGUCCAAGAGUCGGCCAAACUUCCUUUCCAUGGAUUCUGGCUGUCCCUUUGGCUUAUGUUGGAGUCUCCUUUGUUUUUGCGGUUGUCAAGACCAUUCGCAACUUCACUUCACCCAAAGAAGUUCGCCGUAAGCUAGUCAAUAAAAAUGCAGAUCUAUGCAGGUCCGUAGAUGAGUUACUUGAGAAAGAGGGCAAUGGAGUACAGCAGGAAGCUUUGAUGGGACUGAUGCAGAAGACAGGCUUCAGCAUGGUGGAGAUUUUGCGAAAAUACAUCCGAUAUGCAUUAAAUGAAAAGCCUUUCAACCCAAAACUGGUUGCAGCAUUGAUUCAACUCAGAAAAACAACAAUGUUGGAUGAUUCCCAAGUGGCUGAAAUUCUUAAUGAUAUCUCAAGGAGAAUUGUUAAAGAUAAAGGUCCAGUUGUGAUGAAUACAUCGGGAUAUUCUGAAAAGGGCUUAAGGAGAAAGCUUGCUGUUCAAGCACUUUUUGGAAAGAUUUUCUAUCUUUCAGAGCUCCCAGAGUUCUGUGGAAGAGACAGCUCCUUGAUAGUGAAAGAAAUCUUUGGUGUUGCAGACGAGGAUGCAGAAAAGCUUCGGAUGCAUACAGUGGCUGAAGCAGGUGAUAUGGAUUCACUAGAAAAGAUGGUUGAUGCUUCAGAUUCAGAGGAUUCAGGUUCACGGUCAGAAUCCGGGUCGGCUCCAUAGAUUUUGUUUCCAGGCUUUUGUAGACUUACCGGGAGAGGUAGAAGCCCUUAAGUGAAGACUGCAAUAUAAGAAUUUUGUAGCUGGAUUUAAAAGAAACAAAAAUCAUUUAAUAGUUUUAUGCAGACUGCAAUUCAAUAUAUAUGGUUGAUAUAGAUUAUAUCUUUUAAUUAUUUAUUAAAGGGGUAAUGACAUAAAAACCUUUAAGUUUGUAAA